GUAGGGAGAGCAGCCGAGCGCUCUAUUGACGCCAUGGAAAGGGGGGAAGAAGAGCAAAAUCAAACUAGAAUUCCCAAAAAACGGAUAAAGUUGCAAGAAAUCGUGGAGAAGGGGGAAGAGGAUCGAAUCAGUGGGUUGCCGGAUUGUUUGCUUCUAGAAAUCCUAUCGCGUUUACCCUCCACAGUAGGCGCCAUUAGAACAGGUACUCUCUCUAAACGAUGGAAUCAUCUCUGGACUUUGCUUCCUACUCUCAUUUUCAAAGAAAUUGAUGAUAAUCUCCUGUGGUCCAAUUACAUUAUGUUCGUCGACCAAACCCUAGCUCAAUGUAGCGGAUUGAAGCUCAAGAAAUUCCUAGUGUCUGUCACUUAUGAUACUCAAUCUGAAUCUCGAAUCAAAACUUGGAUUCGUUAUGCUAUAAAUCGUAACGUUGAAGAGCUUAAUUUAGCGCUAUGGAAUUACGAAGCCGGAGUUGGGUUUCUAUUAGAUCAGUUUUUCUUCAUCAACUCAUGUUUUACUAAACUGACAUUAAGAGGCUGCAUACUGGAUACAACUGGGGCGAUUGGUUGGAAAAAUCUUAGGAGUUUGUGUAUUUGCUUUGCAUAUUUAGAUGAAGAUUUGAUUGAAAACAUAUUAUCUGGUAGUCCUGUAUUGGAAACUUUGGUGUUGAGAUAUUGCCAUGGUUAUAGACACCUUGAUAUUACUUCAAAAAGCGUUAAGAACUUGGUGUUCCAUGGAUACAACAUGCUUCCUGAUGCUUUAAGCAAUAUUAUUGAAAUCAAUGCUCCUAAUAUUUUAUCACUAACAAUCCAAGGUAAUUUGAUGUCGUGGAAGCUUUUGUUGGUAAAUGUGUCUUCUUUAGUUGAAGCUAACUUAGAUUAUACAAAGAUUAGGCAAUACAAGAUAACACAUGAAGAAGAGAUGUUGAAAGGAUUUAUAGUAAAACUUCGCCAUGUCAAGGAGCUUAAAAUUGGGGUUUUAUGUUCUGAGGUUCUUUCUUGUUUGGAAGCUAAAGGUUUCAUUUUUCCAUCAAAUAUGAAGUUUCCAGUUGUCAUUCAUGAUGAUUGGCUGGAGUCAGAUGAUUCUGUUGAAAGUGGAAAUAGGGAUUUGCUCUUGCAUGAUCAUUGUCCCAAAGAUGAUGAGGUUAAUUUAUUGUCGAUGCUUUGA